AUGUCAGGUAUCGAUACCGACUUGUUUUUCACUGUAGUGAUGCCGAGGCUGUACGCGCAGUGCCUGAGUUUGUUGACCGAGCUACGGAAAGGGUUGGACAGCGAUUGGAUGCUCAGCUAAGAUGGGGGGCAGGGUGUUAAGAAUGUGCUUGGUGUGGGGGGUAGGGGCGCUCGGGUACUUGCUUGGCAGAGUAUUGUCCAAGCGGAAGAGGAGAGAAGGAAGGAUGAGCUUUCGGAGAGAGAACAGGGAAGCAGCCACAUGGCCCGGAUGGGAAGGAACUGCCGGCCCCAAGGGAGAGGAGUGGAGAAGGGCAGUGGUCAUCGAGGCUCCUGAACGAUACUCCGUUUAUUCCUCAAGUGCGGGAUAUCUAUUUCGAAAACCUACACUACACGCUGGGCGCCCUGAUGGCGAAGGAUAAGGCCCAGCCGAGAAAACUCUACAAUCUGAUCAUUGCUACAAACAGAAUCCUCCUGAUAGGGAAGUCAUUUUUCCGCCACCAAACCAUUGAACAACUCAGGUCGCACCAAAACCCGAACGCCUACAUCCUUUCGAUCAUCGAAAUAGGCAUGCCAAUGGGCUUCGAGGCUGUCGCCUACACCCGCUCCACCAUCCUAGAGGACUGCAUCCAGGACGUUGGCAAAGCUUUCUAAUCCCCCUCGACUAAGAAUUCCGGUGGCUUCUCCAACCCCCCUAUCGAAAAGGAGCCCGGCACUACAAUCGCCCCGUCCACGAACCAAGAACAAUGCCCUUGUUCACCUCUGGCCCUACAGACGGCACCAACCGCAAAGACUACUGCCGCUUCUCGCAGCGCUAUGAACGCCCCAGCUAUCUGCAGAGACUCAUAGAUGAGUCGUCCAAAAAAAAAAAGACCAUGAAGAUCUCGAGUACUCAUAUGUCGCCUUCCGUCAUAGUAUCGAUCGCCGCGCUGACACGAAGCACCCGGAUUAAUCCAACGAUAGACGGCUUUGGCAUAACCCCCUUCGACGACGAACCCGAUACGCCAAUUCAGAGCCCGUACACAAUGCAACAACUCUGCAAUUACAGUUAGACCCUUCCGCGCGUCAUACUCCCACCUAUCAAACGCGACUCGCACAUUAUACUCGACUUAUGCAUUGCGACGGGCUCCAUCGAAUGCUGGGUUGUUCCCCAGAGCCUCGGAAAAUUGGAGUAUAGAGACGUGAGGAAGAGCGGGUGGGGUGAUCUCUGGGCGCUUGGAGCGAAAACUCGCACAAGCCGAAACAUAAAGAUUGGU